GAAUAUGAGAGACAAGCAAAUCGGUGAAAAUCCCUGAAUUCCGUCGUGCUGCGCUACUAAAGCGCGUAAAAAUCUAUAAAGUUGUACAAAUUCGUAAAACUUUUGCAAAAUAAAUAUAAUUAGGAGUUUUUGGAAUUGAAAAUCUACGUAAUUGACAUAAAAUUGAUAUAAAAUCGUGCAAAUUGAGAGUGCAUAAAAUUUUUAGCAUUUUGCCGCGACGUCGGCUGCAUGCACGACGAGAAAUUCAAUUCGUAUUUUGGUUGCUGCUGGUCUUUUAUUCGAGUGUGUUGUGUUUGUGUGCUACAGGAGGUGGCAAGAAUAAAGUAGAUAGUUUUUAUAGCUUGUACAUAUAUAUGUAUAUUUCUAAAGAUCCGAAUUUAUGUAAUUAAGAAAAAAAAUUAAUAAAAUACAUACGUACAAAUGGAGCUAAAUGAAUAAAUGAGUCAAAAGUGGUAAAACAAAAAGAAUCGCGAAAAGGCUGCACAUAAAAUGAGUAUCAUUCCGUUCGCUUAUGAGCUAAUAAAUUUUCUAAAUUAUAGAAUUGUGCAGAUCUGGGAAACAAGGUAUACAAGGAAAAUCGAAAUACAAAAAAAAGGAUAAAACGAGAAGAAAAUUAAGAAAACCUUAAGAAACGAGAAGAGUGUAAAACGAGAAACGGCGUUAACUUUAAAAGUGGCAGAACUAACCUCAAUUACGGUUACAGUGCUGCAAAGAUUGCGCGAAAUCUAUACGCUCAGUCUGCAGUAACUGCGAAUAUCGUAGCAGAGCUGUUGUCAUAAAAAUAAAAAAUAAUAAAAUUAAAAAUAAAUAAAAAGGAAAUCACCCAAUAAAAAAAAAUGUUGAUGUGAAAACGAGCAAAGAGAAAAUAAAAUAACAAGCAAGCAAGAAAUAAGCCUUCUUUGAGAAUGUAUGAGGGUUUGCAUACACACGUGUGUGUGCUGUAUGUGUGCGUAAGUAUGCAAUAGGCAUUAAAAACGAAAAAGCAAGAGAAGAACAUAAAUACAAAUAAAUAAUAAAACAGCUAAUGAAAUAUAUUCAUACAUAUAUGUAUAAAGGAAAUUAAAAUUCAUAACGAAUUUGAACCAAAUGUGGAGAAAAAAGCAGAAGCAGAAGAAAUCAACCAACCAACAAAAUGGAUACAUCAACAAAAAGCACACAAUUGGAUUUUAAAAUACUGGUUGAACAAUCGUUUGGUUUAUUGGACAAUUUAAAUGCUACAACGCGGCGCGAUGCAUUGCACUAUUUGUUGCAAGGUCUAAAGUUUAAAUAUACCGAUGAUUGUAACCACGUUGUGCGUAGAGUUUUUGCUGAUAUCGUAGACACACCUUCUAAGGAAUCAAUACAUUUGGUUGUCAAUACGAAAAAGGAAGAAAUUAAGAGUGAUGCUGAAAAUACGUCGACCGAUUUGAAUCAAAACUUCGAAAAAAUCCUCUGCAAAGAGGAGUUUAUGUGCCUGGACGAAGACGAAGUUUAUUCAGAUGAUGUUGACAAUGAUAACACAAGUACACUCAGUAAACGGAUGCGGUAUGCGGCAAUUCGUGGAGCGGCUAAUCGUGACCCACUCGAUUUUAUACCUUCUGGGUUAAUUGAUCCUCGACGUCUGAGUCGAGUUCAUACCGUUGAGGGUGGUAGCAAUUGUUCCGAAGUUCUUACAGAUGUUGCUCUCGAGCGCAAUCGUCAAAGAGCAUUUGGUCAUCAAUACAAUAACCAAAAUAGUAGAUCGCAAUACCCGCGCCGAUUGAUCGAGAAUCUGCCGCAUUAUUUACGCUUGGCAGAGAAAUAUGUCUUCCAUCCUGACUCUGAAUUCACUGUUCAUUUCCAUCAUAGAACCUCAGAAUUAAGUAUUCAUGUUUUUAAGGAGCAAUUUCGUAUACAAUUAAAAGAAGCUCUCAAGUCGCAUCAUAAACCAUUUCUGAAAGAAUUCAUCAAUGAUUUCAUUUUGACGGGCCGCUUGUUAGGGGUAACACCGCCAAAGAAUGUUCUACAAACCAUACGUGCCGAACGGGAAGUGGAAUGGCGUCAACAGGCCCUACGUAAACAGGAGAUUUUGAAGCAAAAACAGUUACUGUCGCGGCAACCUAACCGCCGUAUGCUAUCUGUGCCUAUAUGUGGCAACACGAUUGCUGUUGAAUCAGAAACGGAAUUUGAAGUAGAGGCUCCGGCCCCUCAGGAGAUAAUGAAGUUUGAAGAGAUCAUCGAAGAAGGAAUGGGUCCUGGCCGUCUUAUUGACGGUUUAGUAAUGGAGCCAGAAAUUGAAGACGUAGUUGGUGAAAGAAGUACCAGUAUUAGUGGUACGAGCGGCAGUGGCAGUAGUAACAGCUCUGCUGGUAAUGGCUUAGAAGCGAUUCCCAGUGAGAUGGUUACAACAGAUAGUGCUUCAACACUAACUGCCCUUCAAAGUGGUGGUAGUGAUGCGAAUUCAUUGGGUAAUAGCAGCUUUAGUAACAAUUUAUCACACACUCAACAACAACAACAAGAUCAGCAACAAAGCAACAGUAAUCUUGGGAUAAAUGGUCUUACGCCUAUAAGCAAUAAUUCAACUAAUAGCGUUAAUAUAGUGAACGAUAUGCAGGAAGAACAAACGAUUGUCGACAAUAAUUUCGCGACAUUUUCUCCUAAGGAGCAGCAACAACAGGGCAAUAAUCAUCAACACAUGCAGCAGGAAUCACAAUCAUUGCAAAAUAAUGAUCUAGAAGUGAGGCAUUUAAAGGCAGAUGGUGUAACAAUUAAUAACUCGCUUCAACUUCAGAGUACAAAGCCAUCUAUUCAACAUAAUAUUAAUAACAUCAUAAACAAUAGUAUGCAUCCACAACAGCACUUUCAAGCACAGCAGCAACAGCGGUAUAUGCAUAUGCAGCAACAGCAAAAUCAUUUGAAUUCUCAUAUCCAAGCGCAAAAUCAUCCAUUGGCUAUGAUCGGCGGCAUGAUGGAAAGUGCGAAUCAAGAGCAUCAACAACAGUUACAAGCGCAACGCGUACAGCAGCAUGUCACUAACAGUUUGGCAAACAGUAUUGACAGUAUACUCGACGGCACAACGGCCAGUAGAUCCCAACCGUCUGCUCAGCAAAUGCAAUUUAUGCAUUAUCAGCAGCAACAGCAGCAACAACACUUACCACCUCAUAUACAAAGCGUCUCACAGCAACAACAAUUGCAACAGCAACAAACACAUCCAAAUGCGAUGAUGUCACCCAUGAACAUUGGUGGCAUUCCAACUGCAGCCGUAACGUUGCAAAUGAGGGGUACCUUGGAUACGAAAUCCGUUAAUGCUUCUUUCGAACAAGACGACCAUGAUAUUUCACACGAUGAAGACGAAGAUGAUCACGAAAACGACACUAAUGACGGUAUGGAGACCAAAACUCAGCUAAUAGAUGGUGGCAGUAGCAGCAGUACAUCGCUCCAGGCGCCAUCGAGUGGAUCUAAUCCGGGUGGAGGGGUGUCCACUGCACAAGUUGGCUCCGCAACGGGUUCUAAGAAAGAGAAGCCAAGCUAUAGUUGUUUAUUGUGCCCGAAAUCUUAUCGUAAACGGAAAUCGCUUCUAGAUCAUUAUAAAAUUCAUCCAGGUUAUUGUCACGAUUGUGGCAAGCCGAACGGUACUUCGCUCGAAGAAAUCAUACAUCACAAUCGUACGAUGCAUGCCAAGGAAUAUCCAUUUGUUUGUGAGACAUGUGGAGAAUCAUAUUCGCGUCGUCAACAGUUUCAUGCACAUGUCGAAUCUCACAACAAAAAAGAUAUCAAAACCUACUCCUGCCAUGAGUGUGGGCAAAAGUUUACUCACAAAAAGAUGCACCAACAACAUCUGGAUGAUACCGGUCACAAGGCCGAUGGCGCGAUUUGCGAAGUGUGCGGCGAGGAAUUUCCUUCCAAAAAUGCACUCUAUCAGCAUAUAAUACGGGUCCACAAAAAGGACAAUUUCUUUGAAUGCCACAUAUGCCAGAAUCGUUUCACACUUAAAGCAAAUCUCGAACGCCAUGUUCAGCUACACACGGAAAUCAAACGCACUUACGUUUGUGAUAUUUGUGGAUCAUCGUAUUUUACAUAUCCAGCAUUAAAAGAUCACUACAGUAACGCACACACUGAUGCUUCCGAGUGCAAGUGUACGUUAUGUGGCAAACGCUUUGGUUCGGUGAAAUCGCUACAGCGUCAUUUGCCAUCGCAUUCAGAAGAAAGGCCUCAUUGCUGUUGCUAUUGCGAUCAGACUUUUAAAUGGAAGACGCAUUUGGUACGUCACAAGCAAACUGUUCAUGGAAACCAACCGUCACCGAAAAAGGUUAAGCGAUUUACGAAAGAGGGCGAUGAACUGGUAUCAAUGGCGGAUGUGCCAGGUCCGCCACCGGCUAAGGUUGCUAAAAAGUCAAAUGUCAGUAAACCAAAGCAACAACCGAAUCAGCAACAGCAGCAGCAGAUAGGCUCCAUAUCCACACCGCCGCCGUUGUCAACAACACCGGGAACAUCGUCUUCUUCCCAACAAGAGCAAUUUAACGCAGCAAUUAUCAGUAAUAAUAGUUCACAAUCGUCGACGGCGUCUACAUCGCAACAUUCAUUGUCUGCAAAUGAACCUCAGCCCGGUUCCAUGUAUAGUCAGAACUUUAGCACAGAAAAGUUGUUAGGACAGCAACAACAGCAAUCCGUUCAUACAUCACAUAGUGCACAACAUUUGCAAUCGCAAUCGCAACAACAACAACAACAACAACAGCAGCAGCAAAGGCCCACACCGCCUCCAACACAUCAUCAACAGCAGCAGCACCAUCGUCACACGCCUAACAGUAGUCAUACACCUGAUAAUAUAAUGCCUCGAAUGAACAAUUUUGCCGGCGGUUUAACCGCUCAACCGGAAGCGCAGUUUCACUUUGAUCAAAACACGGUGGGCAGCUCUCCUUCAGUAAUGACAAAUCCAGCUGCCUAUCAACAGCACCAGAUUCUAAAUCAAUACCAACAACAGCAGCAGCAGCAUCACCAUCAGCAGCAGCAACAGCAGUUGCACGCAGCACAACAACAGCAACAGCUUCGAAGUCAUACGCCGCAAAGUCCAUUGCAUCAACCAACGCAAAUGCAGCCUCAACACUUCACAUCACCCCAUCAGCAUUUGCAAGCAGCCCAGCAUCAACAGCAGAUAAAUCAUCAUCAACAACUGCUCCAGCAGCACCAGUUGCAGCAGCAACAACAACAACAACAACAACAGCAGCAGCAGCAACAUCAACGUCACAAUCAGCAGCGAUCGCCACAUCACCACCAAACACAAGCCCAACAGCUGCAGCAACAGCAUCAGCAGCCUUCACACUCGCCACAGCAUGCGCGACUGCAAUCCCCUCAGCCACAACCUCACACGCCACACACGCCUCGACCAUCUUCAGCACACCAGAUUCAGACGCCGCAGCAGCAAAAUCCAGGGGUGAAUCAUCAUCAUCAACCACAACAACAACAAUAUCAACAACAGCAGCAAUGCGUUCCAGAUGCCUGGGGCAAUAUGAACUUUGUCUCACACCCUAACACUAAUCCAGGAGCGCAUCAACAGCAACAACAGACACAGCCACAACAUGGCAGUGCCAGCAACAGCGCAACUCCCGAUGUCAAAGACAAUCCUAAUAAGUUUUAUAUAGUGGAUUCUGCCGAAUUUCUGGGUCUUCCGAUGAAUGUCACAAGUGCUAAUUCAGCGGCAGGUGCUUCUGCUGGGCAAGUGAGUAAUACGCAACAGCCGCAACAGCCGGCACAACCGCAAGCUAUGGUGGGUGCGAAUAAGGCGACGCAACAACAGCAGCAGCAACCGCAGCAGCAGCAAGAUCAACCACUUGGGGGUGAUUUAAUGGGCUUUCAGAAUAUGUGGCCGCAGCCAAGCGCAGCAAAUCAAUUGGCUUUUGGGAGCGCCGCCCAGCCGCAACAGCAACAACAACAACCACCACCACCGUCAAAUUCGCAGCAACACCCUCAACAACCAGGUUCGAGUAAUCAAGCGGCAGCUGCAACUGCAGCCAGCACCACUGAUCCUCACAGUUACAACAACAUUGGCAGUAUAUUAACAAAUCUCAUCGAUAACAAUCCGAAUCCAAUGGAAUAUAACUUUGAAAUGAUGCAACAAGGCACUGGCGUUACUGCUGCAGGGAUAACUUCAGCGACCGGAACACCAUCAGCUGCUGUGUCCCAAACACCACAGCAACCGCCACCUGCUCUACACAAUCCCCAGCAGCAGCAACAACAACAACAUCAUCCUGCUGCUUACGGUCUCCAGGCUAGUGCUAGCGCGGCGGGUUUGAUACGUCAUUCAGCUGGGGUUUACGGUGCGACCAGUGCUCUUUACGAGGUACAUCAUCCGGCCCAUCACACAGCUGGUUUGACUGAUAUGAGUGAGCAGCAGAAGAAUAGCUUCCAACCAUAUCAUCCUCAUGCAGCGUUGCAACCGCACGCACUGGGAGCGCAUCCCCUCGCCCCAACAGCCCACCAUCCAUUAACAGCAGCAUCUCAUUUGUUACCACAUGCUGGCCAUCACGUCUACGACCGCGGAGGCUAUUCGGUAUUAGGCGCUGAAGAACCAAAGACCGUGUUACCUCCCAUUACCGAUUACAUGCAUCACAUGCAACAGCAGCAACAUGUACAGCAGCCAGACUUGCUUUAUUAUCCAGUAAAGAACGACUGACAUUCAAAGUAGGCCGCGGCGUUAGGCGGUGGAGGUUGUCCGGAUACUGUAAGGCAAUUUCAUGCCAGUCAUCAUCCUCCACCACCUCCCCCUACACAUCCCUCAUAUCAUCCACAAUUUCCUUACCCAUAUGGCCAUCAACAAUACGCUUCGCAGGGUAAAUCUGCAUUAUCACACCCACAUUCACAUUCGCAUCACCACCACCAUCCGCAUUCACAAUCUGAACUGUUGCAUUGGUGGCCACCACCCACCUCUACAACAUCAGCUAGUUCAGCACCGGCUCCAGCAGCCUCGACAAACACACACUAUUAAAACUGAGAUUGUAUUCUUUUUUCUGUAAAUUUCGUUUCACACAUACAUACGUCUGUAAGUAGUUAUAAGUUUCAAAGUUCAUUUUCUUUUUAACCAUGGUAUAUAUGUUGACACUUGUCAUCACAGUGAUUGUAGAGUCGGAGAGUUAAUGUUAGUCACACUUUGACAUAUUUUGCGUUCGUUACAACUGAGUUGUCCUUGAUGCCAUCACGCUUGCAACCAAUCCGAAAUUCGCAGGAUGAAUGUUUUGGGUUAUAAAAAAAAGUAGCGGUGUAGUUAUAUCGUUCCGCCAAUUAGUGGUAAUUACUAUCGCUUAAGAUGAUUUAUGAAACUAAGCCAAAAGUUCGUAGAAAGGAGAAUUUAGGGGAGCGUUAAAAACGCUCUGUAUAUUACAAUGUUUUCCCCAUUCAAUCAUGAUACCUUCGAGGAGACUUCCUUUAAGUCUCCCAAACGCUUACCAAUUGCCUGGCUGAUAGGCAUCCAGACAUUUCUUCUCUGAGUACAUCAUGAUAGCACCAGUCUUCGCACUUGAUUGAUAUAAACAAUUUUAUUAAUAUAGUUUCCGGUUGUUCUUUUGAAAGUUUGAGCGAAAUGUAAUGACUAUGGGUGUAUUUUCGUCUGCAAUCAACUCAGUCAAUCCUUUCAAUUCAAAUGCUACAGUUGAGUAUCAUACUAACCUAUUUUGUGCUUUUUUUUUUGUGCUUUUGAAAGAGUGUUAUACAACAUGUCGUGGGAAAGCUAACCCGGCCAAUAGUGUUGUCAUAUACGUUGAAUCUGAUUACUUUUGCAUCAACCUUUCACUUUAUGCUAAAUCCGUAAUUAUUUCUAAGGAUGUUCUUCUUUUUUUUUUUUUUUGAAUCAAAUCCCUAUUCCAUUUUUGAUUUUUGUUUUUUUUUUUUUUGUUAUUUAUACCAAUGUCCUUCUCGGAAAUCAAAAUGGGUACACGAAGGAAUGCCAGUGUAAUGGGCGAAUGCCGAAGUAAUGGUCAUUGCCGCGAACCAAACUGUAAAUGCUAUUUUCGAGCAGAGCUGUGCGAUUGCAAACAGCUUUCGAAUUUUCGAAACACAAAAACCAUUUAACGACCGACAACAUAUCGCAAGUAUAUAUUCCGAAAUGAUGAUGAGCAUUCUUCAUGGGUGCAAUGUAAUUCCAUUGCUUAUUAACAGGAUCGUAAUGUUCUGCGGUUCUCAAACUAUUAUCGCUAAUAUACAUUGCCUGUAAUAUGAGUGAUUGCAGGUAACAUGCGUGAUUAUCGGCGAUAGUGUAAAAACCGUAAAACUCUCUGAUCAGGUUAAUAAGAAAUGGAAUAACGUUGUACCUAUGAAUGAUGCUCGCCAUCGUAUUAAGAAUUGUGCACCGAACUUGUUUAUAAUAUAAUGACCAUAUAACGGUUUCAAACGCUGGUUGCCUCUAAGGCAGUAGGAUGAAGUUCAUCGGUGUCGCUUUUCUUUUAGCGAUUCGAUCGAUAUGGAGUCCCAUAUGAAGCGUAAAUCUUUGAAAUUUGAAUGUUUGACUAUAACUAUGCGGAUAACCACUGACGUAGGUGUACUGAUAUUUCUGCAAUCCUUGCAGUCGCACAUCGUUGGUUGAAGAUAGUAUUUACAGUUUUUUUUGUGGGAUUUAUAGCAUUACUCCGUUUACCAAUUUCGAUUCCAGUGUAAUUACAGAAUACAAUAUACCUUUUGGGGAUUAUCUAUCAUAUCUAAGGUAGGAAAUAUGCGAUGUUAUUAAUAAGUAGUUUUCGAACAAAAUUUAGAAAAUGCGUUGUUUCGACGAGAUAAGCGAGCUAACUAAGAUGUCUGUCUCUUGCAUUGUCCAAUUAUUAAGCAAAAGGACAUUAUGUUCAGUUAUUCACCAUUCCAUUAUAAAUUUCCACUUGAUAAAGUCUAUUUAAAAAAAACUAAAUUCCUGAGCGAUUUUAAAUAAUGGUCAUUUCAAGAAGUCACACCAUCACGUUUAAAACCGAAGACAUUUUCCGCUUUUCCUCACCUGUUCUUUUUUUUAAUUGAUGGCAUGAGCAAUUAAACUUGUUUUCUUCUUUUUUUUUGGCCAGAAGAGAGAAGUACGUUUUUUCUAAAUUUGAAACUCUACCGCACUGAGAUUUGAGCCCGCGAACAUAAACUUUGUAGUCGCGAUUGUUGCCUGCUCGGCUACUUAUACGGAUAAUUGCUUCUGUGCGAAUGUUUUCACAGAUCGUUUUGAAACUUCGAAAGAACUAAUAUUUAGCAUAGAGUUUUACCAUUCUUCUCGUUUUUUCUCUUUUCUCUCGUAGCGGAGACUUUUAUUCUUCUUCUCGUUAAAUAAAUUCAUAAGCUUUUUCAAGUGAUCAAAAUUUAGAUAUAAUAUGCCUAACAUUUGCUUUUCUUCUAAUAAAUAUUAACAUAAGAAAGAGAUUGUAUUCUUUUAAUACCCAUCGCCAAUUUGUGCUGAAAUGAAGCAAAUCUUCAACAAUUUAUAUUACAUCGUCGUAUAAACGAUUAAGUUAUUUACAGUCAAUCGUUUUGCACGAAAAUUGUUUUAAAAAAAAUUAAUUUUUCACCAAAGUUGUCUCUCCCCCUUUUAAGCGCGAGCUAAGCAAUUGUUUGGCCAAAUACUAAAUACAUUUUUUUGUCGACGGAUUCCAGAGUAUUAUUGGUGAAUUUUCCUUUUUACAUCUUUCGUAAUUUCAACUUCAACGGAAACACGAUAGAUGGGACGAAAAAUUAAAAAACUUGAAAAAAUUGUGCUUUUGCAACGUGCGAGCGAACUUGACUUUCUAGAUCACCUUAGUCAGUUCAGUGUUCUGCACCCACCCUUUCUUGCUUUUGACGAUUUUUGUUUCUUUGCGUUUAAAACCGUUGAGGAAAUCAGCUUCAGAAGUGAGUGAUGUACACGAUCCACGGAAGGAUUUUUGUCCCCUUUUCACAGCGAUUCGAAACACACAGGAAAUUUUCUUUGCUUUUGAAACACGAAAUCUGAGCUGUUUCUUCUGUCAAUCUGCGCCCUGUAAAAUACAAAAUGUACUCAAAACAUUGAUUAAUAUGAACAGAAGUUUAGAAGAAGUUACUAAGUACACUCCUACCAGCUGAUAGUGGAAGAAUUCAUUACAUUCGUUACAUAAGAAAUUUGCCUUCAUCUCUUUAUUCCACGCAGAAUUUUGUUCUUCUAAGCAACUUUAUGAGGUUGCUGUCGAUAUUUUAACAGACGAACGAAUAUUUCCAAAUUUUAUCGAUCUUCAUUGUAUUCAACUAUCCGCUUAGGCUAGAUUUGAGAGCCAACCUUAACAGGUCCCUAUUUUUUUCUUAUUGUAAGCUUCUUUUGAUUUAUUCAUUUUAAAGCGAAAUAGCGUCCCUGCGCAUUCAAAUAUAGCUUUUUAACAGUUUGGAAAAACGAAUUUAAUUUACCGAAUACAAUGAGUGAAGGGGUCUCUAGCAUUAACUUUUAAAAAGACAUAUAAUCGAAGCGCUUGAGGCGUAUGUCUGCCAGCAAGGAACUAAAUAAACAAACAAAAAAAAAAAAAUGCUGGCAAUAAAG